UUUUGGUGGGAAAGACUUUCACAUGUAAACGUCUAUCUUUAUUUUUGUAGUUACACUUGUUUUUGCUUUUCAUUUUUUACCUUUUCACUUUACAUUGUUUAUUUGCCAUUUCAUCGUUCACCAGAUUUAUUUCAAUUGUCAACCCAAUUAUCAUGAUCAUUAUCAAUUGUGUUGUAAUUUCAUCGUAAUUUAUUCAAAUCAAUUUUCUAGUGUUAAAAUAUUAUUGAUCAAUUCAAGCUUCCAAACAUUGUCAUGUUAACCAUAUGUUUUGAGUGAUAAACUGUGACCAAUUUAAUGGAUAAUAUGAAGAUUAUGGAACCAAAUCAGCAUUCCUAUUAUGAUGACAAUUUAAAUUCAAAGAUUAUCAUGAAACAAGUAAAUUCACCAGGAUUGACUUUAAAUUAUUCAGGAGAAUCAACUUUAACCAGGAAACCAAAAAUGCAUUUUCUGGUUAAUGGAGGCUCAUUACCUCGAUCAAUGACUUUACAAUCAAAAGAAAAAGUUCAUCCAUCUAAUGAUUUUAAAACUAAUGUUGGUCAGCAAAUGGAUGAAACCUGUCAACAGUUGGCUCGCUUAACAUCUCAAUCAGGAUCAUUACAUCAACCAACAUCUUCGGCAACGGUAACAAGUUCAACAGCAACAAAUAAAAGUGGAUCCAAGUUGACUAAAACAAUAACAAGUCCGUGUUUGCGUAAAUUGCGAUCUACAUUGUUUCCUGGUUCUCGUGAUUCUCGUCGAGCUCCAAUUUUGGUUAAUAAUACAACAGAAUUGGAAUCACCUAAUGACCAGUAUAAUGAAGAUAAUCAAAAUAAUGACGAUGAUAUUAUCAAUCCACCUUUAUCAGCUCGAAGUAUAUCAACACCAGCUCUUAAUCUUCAAUUAGCAACUCAACCACCAGAAGCCGAUUAUCGUCCUUAUCCAGCGUCCAAUUUUUCACAUUCAUCAACAAUUCUUCAUCAACAGCAGCAUCAAAUGAUGCCAAUCAUGAAUAGUUCAAUGUGUAACCAUUAUUCUGGAAAUGUGCAUUACAACAACCAAUCCCAGCAACAAUUUAACGACUCGUAUUAUCUAAGGGAUAAUUAUGCUAAUUAUAAUAAUAAUAAUAAUGGUAAUAGUAAAUAUUAUACCUCAAAUGACAAUAUCGGACCUGACAGAUCUUAUUUAACAGCAACUCCAGUAUCAUGUAAUUAUGGUUAUCUUCCAAAUCAAGUUUACUCUAAUCAACAAUCAAGAAAUUUGCCUCAACUUCAUCAACAACAUCAACAACAACAACCUCAACAUUUAAUACCAAAAACUAACAGCAACAAUCAACACCAAUGUCUUCCAGCAAGAGUUGAUACCAAUUGUUCACAAUUGACGAAUAAUAACGUUGAUAAAAUCUAUAAUAGUCCGCAAACAAUUGGUCCACAGCAACAAUAUCAUCAACAACCAGUUAAAGUGCAGUCUCAACACCGUUUUGUUGAAGUUUGUAGGCCAGAAGAGUUGAGACAAAAUGACAAUUAUGUUUCGUCUUCAGCAUUAAAUAAAAAUAACGAUCGUAAAUCAGCAUCAGAGCAGGAUUUGGGUUCUCACAUAGUCGUUGUUUCUUCAUAUGAAAAUAACCAGACGCAUGGUUUAACGGUUAAAAAUUCAUCAGCUUCUCAUAAUAAAAUUUCAGAGGAUGACUCUCAUCUACGUCAUUAUCAUCAACCCGAGGCAUCUUCACCCAUUGAUGAUGAAUGUAAAACCGAUAAUGCUCUUAAUCAUAUGAUUGUAACUAGUGCUAGUUCACCUGAUUUAGCAUAUAAAUCAUCGUCCGAUUCUGGAAGAGGAACUAGAACAUCAGAGUCUGGUUCAGCUGAAGUACGCGACUCGGCUUCGGUUAGUCCGCCAUUAGAUAUCACAAGUUUAGAUUCAGAUCAAACAGAUUCACAUAGAUCAGAUAAACAGCAACAGUCUAAUACCAAUCCAUCAACAGUCCAGUCAUCAGCAAUAACAUUAGAUAAAAUGCAAGCAGAUUUGAAAAAGAUACUUGAAGAUGAUGAUGAACUCACUUCAGAUGGUGGAGGUAUCAAUAUCAAUACUGGAUUAAGUUUAUCUUCAUUAAAAAACCAGUGUUCUAGACUUCCAGUUGUCCAUGAAAGUGAUUCAUGGAUCUCUGAUUCCUCAAAGACAGUUGAUGAGCCUGAAAAAAGUUCAAGUAAGAAGAUUGAAUCAAACAGUGCGAAGAAAAAAGAUCCACCAACAACAUUAUCUCAACAACAGUCAAUCAAAGGAUCAUUAACAGCUAAUCGAAACUUGUUAAUGAAUGGCAGAAGUGAAAUAAGCGGCAAUAUUAACAAGAAUGGUUUGUUGAGUAAAAAAUUGCAGCCAACAGAAAAAUCUUUACCUUCUAAGGUGAAUGGAAAUAAUUCAAUGACCACUGAUAUCAGUAGCGCUAACAAUCAAAUAACUGGUCCAAAUAAAACACCAAAUAAGCCAAAAUUAGGUCAAACUCAUUUAUCUAACGUUAAAUACGGAGGAAUUGGGAAAGGGUUAAAGUUGACAACAAAUAAGAGAUGGAGGCAUCCAUUAGCAGAAGAAACAGGAUCUGUAACAACACUUGGAUUAGAAUCAGUAGACGAUGUUGAUGAUUUAACCAGUGAAUAUACAGCCAACACAGAUGCUUGGGAGAAUCACGAAAACGUUCAUGUGAGGAAACAAUUAUCUGGUUUAGAGAACAUGUACUCAGAGAUACUUAAUCUACUUGGAUCUCGAAUGCACGGCGCCAAAAAAUCGAUGCAUCAUUCAAGUUCAGGAAAGCUGAAUCGUCGGUUAAGUGGGUCUGUUUCAUCAUUAUCAGUUGCUAGUCGAGACGCUUUUUACAGUCGAAACAAUAAAUACCUGAAUCGUCGAGAUGAUUUUGAGUCCAAAGGAGCUAGACGAUUAAAGAGGCUGGAAGGCCAUGUUAUAACAUUAGCGCGAAGCGUUUCCCAACUUUCAUCGGAAAUAAGGUCAAGCCAGUGUUUGAUUGAAGAUGUUCAAACACUGCGUAAAGACGUUGACCGGAUUCAAGAGCAAUUAAGAUGUUUCAAGUUGACACCCUUAAUGGAUGGAGGUACCUUGAGACGAUCUACAGCAAAUAACCAAUCUGAUCCCAAAGACUCCACGGACAAGAUACGAACCGAAGUUACUGGUAAAAACAAUAAAUUGGAUAAAAUUAAAAGAUUUUUCGGUGAUGAGCCUCCACUUCGCCAGUUCCUCAAGAAACUAGGCUACGAGAAAUAUGCUUCCAAAUUUGAGAGCGAAAAAAUUGGAUUAAAGGAAUUGUCAGCUCUUAAUGAGGAGAAAUUAAUCAAAUUAGGAAUUCCAAUGGGCCCUAGAGUACGGAUACUUCAAGAAUUGAACAAAAUUCAUUCACCUCAUUCCAACAUUUACCUUGUAUAAUUGAACCUAAAAUAUCUCACAUCAUCAUUGUAAUUCAACACUGUUAUGUUUCCAUUAAAACUGAUUAUUUCUCA